AUGACUAAGUUUAGUUGCCUGUUGCUGCUGACGCUGCUGCUGCAGUUGCUCCACAUCGAUGGCGGCCAUGGCUGGAGUUUUGGGCCAGUGCAGGAGGCAGAGGAUGAACCAGGAGGGGCAGAGCCACAGCCAAGCGAUGUGGCCAGUACGGCGAAUCAUACGAUACUCACCAGGCAGUUGAUUGUGGGAACCCUGGUGCCUCCACUAUUGCCCGGACCCUGGCCCAGUCCUGCCAUUGUGGCACCAGGCACCAGCUACUGCCAGUGUGUUCCGCCCGGAUCCUGUGCGAACCCCCUGCCCACCGUACCGAGCGAUGGUAGCGGACAGCUGGACAUACGCAUCGUCAACACGGGAGCUUAUCCAUCGAUCCCGAGCACUUCUGCUACCUUGACCUGCAGCUAUGGACAGGUGGCCUGCUGCCAGGCGGGAAGCUAUCAGUGUGGUCGCCGUUUCCCGCCGCCACUGGGCUCCUCGACGGCAGGAGCGGGACAGGCGAACUUCGGGGCAUAUCCAUGGCAGGCGGCGCUGCUGACAACCGCAGAUGUAUAUCUGGGCGGAGGAGCUCUGAUCACGGCCCAGCAUGUCCUGACGGCUGCCCACAAGGUCUACAAUUUAGCUUUGACUUCGUUUAAGGUCCGCUUGGGGGAGUGGGAUGCGAGCAGCACAAGUGAACCGAUUCCCGCCCAGGAUGUGUACGUGUCCAAUGUGUAUGUGAAUCCUUCGUUCAAUCCCACCAAUCUACAGAACGAUGUGGCCAUCCUGAAGCUUGUCCAAGCCGUGUCCCUCACCAGCAAGUCCACCGUGGGCACCAUCUGCCUCCCGACCACAAGUUUUGUGGGACAACGCUGUUGGGUUGCCGGAUGGGGAAAGAAUGACUUCGGUCCGACGGGUGCCUAUCAAGCCAUUCAGCGGCAGGUGGAUGUCCCGCUGAUACCUAAUGCCAACUGCCAGGCUGCGCUGCGAGCCACUCGAUUGGGUUCAUCUUUUGCCCUCAGUCCCACGUCUUUUAUUUGCGCUGGCGGGGAGGCCGGAAAGGAUGCCUGCACGGGCGAUGGCGGCUCUCCGCUUGUCUGCACCAGCAACGGGCUGUGGUAUGUCGUGGGACUGGUGGCCUGGGGCAUCGGUUGUGCUCAGGCCGGGGUGCCCGGGGUCUAUGUGAAUGUGGGCACCUUUCUACCGUGGAUACAAACGACACUGACCCUUUAGACGAUCCCCUACUCUUAAGUUGUUAAAAAUUAUAAUAUAUGUACAUAUAUACUCGA